AUGGCACAAUCACAAGGUUAUAAACGUUUUCGUUCAUCGAUUAAUACUGUUUAUAAUGGUACGAGUACUCCUCAAACUCCAACUAAUAAAAUAUUUCCACGUUCUUCAACACCAAAUCCACAUUUUAAAGAACCAAUCAUUGAACAAACAAUUCCUGUUCCUAUAUCAUCACCACGUCCAAAUAUGACAGUUCAUAAUAAAAUACACAAGAAACAACGUCAACAUCGUCGUUCUCAUCAUCGGUAUCAAAUUCAUAUUGAUCAUAUUAUUUUAAUUCAACAACAAAGAAAAUCCUGUUCACAUUGUCAUUGUAAAAAAACAAAAUCUCAACAAAUCUUAGGUGUUUUCUAG